UAUACAGAUACAGGGAUACAGGAGUUUCCUCAGCCGCUGGGUGUCGCUGUUUGAGCAGAGACGCGUGUGAAAGUCAGCCGAGGAAACUAUGAUCAUGGCGGCGACAUGUGAGUGGAAACCUUGUGAAGAAACUGGACAGGAUGCGUUUAUUGUAAAAUUUUCUAAUGGACACGUGAAAAAUGCCGAACAGCUGGACUUCCAACUCCUGAAACACGCAGAUGGAGUCAAUCCCAGAAAGAAAAACAGACGAAUUGUGGUUGCAGAAUCAGACAGACUUCCCUAUGUUGGGAACAACUUUGGGUCUGGAUCAUUGCAGUGUAGUAAUCUGUGCAGGCAUUUUGUUGGAGUUCUUGACAAGAGAACUAUGCAAAUGAAGGUUCAUAAUGCUCAGCUCUUCAAUAUGCUGCCUGUUAUUCCAGGUGAAUCAGAAGUAAAUGAAAACACAAAGGAAGCUGAUACAUACAGAGAAAAGGUGGAUGCUCUUAUUGAAGCGUUCGGGACGACUAAACAGAAGCGUGCUCUGAGCUCCAGGAGACUUAACCAAGUGGGCAACGAUACGCUUCAGCAGGCUGUGGCACUGGCUGCCAGAAACAUCAUCGAUCAGAAAGGAGUGGAAGCUCUUCAUAAUGAAGUGGUUGAAACUGAGGCUCAGACAGAUACAGCGCACUUCCUCCCUCCAUGCAACACUGAGGCAGACAGAGCAGAAGAUGUGUACCCCUUUGACCAGUUGUUGUCUCCAAAUGAGUUUGAAGCCCUGAAGGAUGUUGGAGCAAAGAUGGCAGCGCUGACCGCUGAAGACCUGCAGAAGAUGAGAGCUGAAAACAGUCCUCAGAUUGUUCUUAGACAUCUUGAAUCACUUCCUAAAGAGGAAGCUGCUCGCGACCGACAGUCUCGUUGUGUCUGGUACCUGUCCUUCCUCAUCAAAGCCUCGCAACAGAGACGUCUGUCCUUCAAAUUUGGUAGUGAGGAUGGAUGUCCCCGAAUCAUCAUCAACAAAGUCCUGAAGGAUUUCACCGUGGAGAGUUUCCACAAUGGCAGCCUCAGGAACACGGUGUCGUCGUCCAUGCGUAUGAAACUGGCUGCUCACUGUUUAGCUUUACUGCUGCACAUGAGUGAUCAGACGGCUAACCUUACACUCCUGCACAGAGACAUGGGCAUCAGCGAUGUCAAAAUGUUGGAGGUGGCCAAGGCCAUGGGGCUGACCCUGUGCCGUCAGUCUGCCCACAGCAGAGAAGAGGCCGGGACACACGAUGAGUACAGGAUGGUCUCUCUGGUGCUGCCACUGGUGCAUUACGAACGCCGUAUGGAACGCAGGAAACGCAAGAGGAUGAACUGAGCUGUGGACAGCAGUAUGUUUCUAAGCUGUGUGUGAACCGGCUGUAACUGAAUGUUACAUUUACUGUCAUCUUGUAACAUUGAAUAAAAAGUAAACUAUUAUUCAGUUAACUGAGA